GGAGGGACCCAUGGCAGGACUGGCUCAGCAGUCUGGGAGAAUAUGAUCUGCGCCCCUGACAGAACACACCUGGCCAAAGAUGGGAAAGAAUCUGGAAACAAAUACACCUAGACACCGCACACGGUGCUAUGACUGCAGUGGAGGCCCCAGCAACUCCUGCAAGCAGACCGUGAUCACCUGUGGUGAGGGUGAGCGCUGCGGCUUCCUGGACCGCAAACCCCAACCCAACCCUGGACAAGUCAAGCAACCCUCCAUGGUUUUGAGUCAGCACCACCCAGCCUGUGUGGCCACCCACCAUUGCAAUCAAGUGGACAUAGAGUCAGUGGGCGGCGUGACCUUCACAACCCACAAAAACUGCUGCUUCGGAGACCUGUGCAAUGGCGCCAUGGCAAGCUCCGUGACCCCUCUCUGCAUCCUGGCUGCAGCUGUCACCACCCUGGUCUGGCUCUUGCCAGGACUGUAGAGCUGAUAGUGGGAUUGAGAUUAAGGACGGGACUGAGAGGGUUGAACGUCUAAAGUGAGAAGAUAAGCAACUCUUUGUGCGCCUUUAAAAUGCAUGGACUAUUCUAGAGAGGACUAGUAAAUUCUAUCCUUUGUUUGUUUGUUUGUUUGUUUUGAUGACAAGGUUUCUUUACGCAGCCCUGACUAUCCUGGAACUCAUUCUGUAGACCAGGCUGGCCUCGAACUCAGAGAUCCGCCUGCCUGUGCCUCCCGAGUGCUGGGAUUAAAGGCAUGCACCACUGCUCCCAGCAUCUACAUAUCUUCUGUUGAAUAGGCUGAAGGGAUAGUACGUGGGUUAGCUGAUUUUGAGUGUUCCCGUUAACAUCCAUCAGUGGACCCAUCAGCAGUCCCUAUUCAAUGACACCCUUCAAAAGAAUAGAGCAUCUGUCCUCAGAGACUCCUGGCACCUGCCACCAGGCCAGGGAGACUCUUCCUUCACCGUGGGAGUCACAGAGGGGAAGGGCCCUGGGUUGAGUGGAGGGUUACCAGGACGCCAUGACAGGCUGUCCAGGUUGCUUUCCCUUCUGUCCUUCGCCACGCGGCUCCCAGCAGGACUGUUUGACCUGAGAAAGGAAAGCCCCUGAAUAACCCAGUUAGAAGGGAGCAAGAGCCAGUUCUCUGUCUGUAAACACCUUUCCUGCCCUUUCUGGGGCGCCCUCAAGCUAGGCUGCACCUGCUUCUUGGCAGGGUGUAGUCUAAAUUUAGGAUAAGGGUUGUUUCUCCAAACACUAGCACCAGUGUGUCGCCCUUGGGUACCGGAAAGGAGGAAGGCUUGAAAAACCUGCUCUUCUGUUUGGUCAGUCCAGUCCGGCCUUGUGGGGAAACUCCCUGGAGAACGUUUAGGCAAGGAGAAGGGUGGGGCUGGGAGUGAAAUUUCCAGGGAGAGGGGUCCUAUACCACCACCACAACUCUCUCUCUCUCU